UGACGACCGCGUGCUCACACACGACAAGCAAGAUGGCUGGCGAAGACGGACUCAUGGAGCGGUUGGCAUCGCACAACCGGUUCUUCAACGAUGUCAUCUCCCUGAUCCCUCCAAAGUACUACCUCGCAGAAGCCGAUGAAGAGCACCAGCAACGCAUCGCAGCGAGGUACAUGAAGAACACCAAGAACAAGGCUCCAAAGCAGGAGAUCAAAGAGCGCAGCAAGAAGGCAAAGCGCGCAAAGGAGCUGGGCAAGACAGUGAUUGACAUUCAACAGGAGCAGCUGAAAAGCGAGGAUGCGGCAGCGGAGGAUGCACAGCAGCAACAACACAAGGCCUCGAAACACGGCAAGGGCGGAAAGAAGAGAGGGGCCGCAUCAACACAGGAUGGCAAGCAGAACGAUCAGCGGCGAAAGAAGCCUUUCCUUGUGUCCCAGUCCAGCAACGUCAGCCCGCAUGAGCUGCGUGCUCGCCUGGCCGUCAAGCUGCAAGAAAUGAAGGAGACACGCAAGGCAGCGGAGGAACGUGUGCAGAGAACAAAGACGACAAACAAGCGCUCGAAGCUGAAGGAGGAACGACAAAAGAAGGCGAUGGUCAGGGCAACCCGGCCACAGUUCACGGGCACCGACGCAAGGAAGGGAGACGCCAAAGACAGCACACACGAUGAUACGGCCGCACCGCUUGCGUUCAGCAAGUUUGAGUUUGCCAACGACAACCGCAAGAAGAAGGCGAAACCAAACCCCAAGCAGCUCCUACAGAUGGCCGAGCGGGAGAAGCAAGAGAUUGAAGCACUCAAGGCAUCGGAUGCCGCAAAGGCUGCUGAGGUUGUGGAGAAGAAGGGAUGGGACAAGGCACUCAAGCGCGCCGAGGGCGAGAAGGUGUUUGACAACCCAAAGCUGAUGAAGAAGGCCAUCAAGACACGCGAGCGCAAGAAGGCCAAGUCGAAGAAGACGUGGGAGGCCCGCGUCGCGGCGGUGGAGAAGGAGCAGAAGGAGAGACAGGAGAAACGGGAACGGAACUUGCAGGCUCGCAAGGACGCAAAGAAGCAGCGCAAGCUGAAGAAGAUGCAGAAAAAGCGCCCUGGCUUCGAGGGCAAAUAGGAGGCUGCAAGGACACGUGUGAAGAACGCACGUGACGUAUUUGCAGUGCUGUCGUUGUUGUGUCUCAUGAUCCUGUUGCGUCCUUUGUUGUUCGUGCCCUUGUCAUCACGUGUAUUCAGCGCCCUUGUGUUGCGUCGUGCCCAACGAUUUGCUUGCGCGGUCUCCUCUCACAUAGGGUUGCCUUGUCUGUUUUCCGUGCGAGCGUUGUUUCAUUUCUUCCCACCCCAAGCUUUACCAUCACCUUGUCACCAUACACACACCUUCCCACCUGCUCCAGCUGCCACCAUCAUUGAUCGUGUCAUGUUCCGUGCGUGGCACUGUGCUGUGCUGUGCUGUAAUGAGAUCCGUUUGCACCUUUGAAAGAAGACAUGUCAGUCAAUCGAUCAAUCAGUCAGC